CAAGGAGGAGCAGCGGCCCCGCCCCUCCACUGCGCGCAACACAAUGUGUUAAUCCUGAUGCCUUGAUGUUAUACAAUGCCUGAUCAACACAAGAAGGUGAAGACCACAGAAAAGGCAACAGACACCAAACCUCAAGGGGAUUACACUGAUCUUAAAAGGCUUCUGGCACUUCUAAAUGUCCAAUCAAGCAAGCAACAGCUGCCAGCCCUUAACUUUGAAAGUGCUAAUAAUAGCAUGACCAAGUCUGAGCAAUACCCCAGCAACCCUUGUGGAGAGAGAUGUAGAGGUCAUUGGCAAGAGUCAACUGAAGCUGUCGAACUUGAACACUUUAGUAUGAAUUACAAGAAUGAGAGAAAUUUUAGCCAACAUCCACAGCACAUGUUGUUUCAAGAUAUCUUCACAGCUUUAGUUAAGAACCAGCUUAUUUGCAGGGAAUGGGUUAACCGAGCUACAUCUAUCCACUUUCUGAGAGUUUUAAUUUGUGUAAGAUUGCUAAUGAGGGAUCCGUGCUAUCAGGUUGCUCUCCACAAGCUGGGUGGGAUUGACAGUUUAGCACAGUAUAUGGAAACAGUAGCAAAUGACUAUCUUGGCUAUGAAGAAGAACAACAUAAUGUAGAUAAAUUGGUCAACAUGACAUAUAUUUUUCAGAAACUAUCAGCUGUUAAAGACCAAAGGGAAUGGGUUACUGCCAGUGGAGCACACAAGACUUUGAUCAAUUUACUUGGAGCUAGAGAAAAUACUGUACUGCUAGGUGCCUUGCUUGCUCUCACUAGCUUAGCAGAAAGUCCUGAAUGCCGGAAGAAAAUAAGUGAACUCAAUGUUGUAGAGAAUUUGUUGGUGAUACUGCAUGAAUAUGACUUGCUCUCUAAAAGGCUGACAGCAGAGUUGCUCCGCCUCCUCUGUGUAGAAUCUCAGGUGAAAGAGCAGGUCAAAAUGUACGAAGGUGUUCCCAUCCUGCUCAGUUUGCUCCAUUCAGAUCACCUAAAGCUGUUGUGGAGUGUGGUUUGGAUUCUGGUCCAGGUCUGUGAAGAUCCCGAAACCAGUGUGGAAAUCCGUAUUUGGGGAGGCAUCAAACAGCUCCUUCAUAUUUUGCAAGGGGAGCGAAAUCUAUUUUCAGAUCGUUCUUCCAUUGGGAGUUUAUCUAGUGCAAAUGCAGCAGGGAGAAUCCAACAGCUUCGCUUGUCGGAAGAUUUAAGCCCUCAUGAGAUACAAGAAAAUAUGUUUUCCCUUCAAGCAGCUUGUUGUGCUGCAGUUACUGAAUUGGUUCUGAAUGAUACCAAUGCUCACCAAGUAGUUCAGGAAAAUGGAGUCUAUACAAUUGCAAAGCUGAUUUUACCCAAUAAACAAAGGAAUGUAGCAAAGCCUAAUUUAUUACAGUGUUACGCCUUCAGAGCCCUGAGAUUUCUCUUCAGUAUGGAAAGGAACAGACAUCUUUUUAAAAGACUCUUCCCUACAGACUUGUUUGAGAGCUUCAUUGACAUUGGGCACUAUGUUCGCGAGAUCCGUGCUUAUGACGAGCUGGCAUUGAAGCUAAAUGCAUUACUUGAGGAUGAAGUUAAGCAAAUUGCUGAAAAUAUUGAAAACAUUAAUCAGAACAAAGCACCCACAAAAUACAUAGGAAAUUACGCAAUAUUGGACCACCUUGGAAGUGGAGCUUUUGGAAGUGUUUACAAGGUUAGGAAACACAGUGGCCAAAACCUUCUAGCAAUGAAAGAAAUCAAUUUACACAAUCCGGCAUUUGGAAAAGAUAAAAAAGACAGAGACAGCAGUGUGAAGAACAUUGUCUCUGAACUGACCAUAAUUAAAGAACAGCUUUAUCAUCCUAAUGUCGUACGAUAUUACAGAACCUUCAUAGAAAAUGACAGGCUGUACAUAGUCAUGGAGCUCAUAGAAGGGGCGCCACUGGGAGAACAUUUCCAUUCAUUGAAGGAAAAGCAACAACAGUUUACAGAAGAUAGAAUAUGGAAUAUAUUCAUUCAACUGUGUUUAGCUCUUCGGUAUUUGCACAAAGAGAAGAGGAUUGUCCAUCGAGACCUUACUCCAAACAAUAUCAUGCUGGGAGAUAAGGAUAGAGUAACUAUCACUGACUUUGGUCUUGCGAAGCAGAAACAGGAAAAUAGCAAGCUCACCUCAAUUGUUGGAACUAUUCUUUACUCCUGCCCUGAAGUUGUGAAGAGUGAGCCCUAUGGUGAGAAGGCUGAUGUCUGGGCUGCAGGAUGCGUCCUCUAUCAGAUGGCAACGCUCACCCCUCCAUUUUACAGCACCAACAUGCUCUCCUUAGCAACUAAAAUAGUAGAAGCUGCAUAUGAGCCAGUUCCUGAUGGUGCCUAUUCUGAAAAAGUACCAGCUAUCAUUAAAAGGUGCUUGACCCCUGAUGCAGAGAGUCGUCCUGACAUAGUAGAGGUCAGUUCAAUGAUAUCAGAUGUUAUGAUGAAAUAUUUAGAUGGCUUAUCAACCUCCCAGCUUAUCUUGGAGAAGAAACUGGAACGUGAAAGAAGGCGCACCCAAAAAUACUUUAUGGAGGCAAAUAGGAAUGCAGUGACAUGUCACCAUCACCUUGCUGUAUUCUCUCAGGAACAUUAUGAGAAGUCAAGUCUUAGCAGCAGUAGCAGCGGAGCAGCCAGUUUAAAAAGUGAAUUUUCUGAUAACACUGAUCUUAUGACGGAAAACUUCCACCAAUCCUCUGGAAAAGAUGAAGAGAAAACCUGCGAUGAAACCCUAUCUGAUGAUAACUGCACUUUAGAAAACUCAGAAAAAGAUGUCUUCUCAGAACUAGAUGAUGAACUGGACAUAUCAGAUAAUUCCAGCAGCUCUAGUUCAAGUCCUCUUAAAGAAUCGGCAUUUGGUGUUAUAAAACGAAGCUUCAGUGCUUCCGAAAGACAGCCUCAAGCAAGAGAUUAUAUUGGUGUCCCAGGAUACAGACCAAGACCAGCUUUGCUGCCCUUUGAUCUGCUUCUGACAGCACCUUCGCUCAUGUUCAGGGCCCACGUUAAGAAAAUAGAGGACUCGUUAGUAACAGGGUGGAAAUCCCACAGCCUCCCAGCUGUGAUUCUUCGCAAUCUGAAAGAUCAUGCAUCUGCAGGGAUUGCUGUGUCACAACGGAAGGUGCGUCAGAUCAGUGAUCCCAUUCAACAAAUUCUAAUUCAACUGCACAAGAUCAUCUACAUCACCCAGCUUCCACCAACUUUGCACUGCAACUUGAAAAGACGGGUCAUUGAGAGAUUCAAGAAAUCCCUAUUCAGUCAGCAGAGUAAUCCGUGUAACUUGAAGUCUGAAAUUAAAAAGCUUCUACAAGGUUCUCCGGAGCUGAUUGAGCCUAACUUUUUAACAUCCGAUUGCCACUUGUUGCUUCACUCUUCAGGGGGAAAUACCUUGGUCCUAGAUGACAGACCAGGUAUUCCAAGCACUUUUGACAUGGAUGACGGAAUGACAUAUGAACAAAUGCAGACUGUGAUUGAAGAGGUUCUGGAGGAAUGUGGGUAUUACAAUUUCACUUCGAAUAGGUAUCAACACUAUCCAUGGGGAGCAAGGAAUCAUCCAGCCAGAAGAUGAGCACCUGGAAUUCUAACUAGAUUAGCAUGUUUUCUAAUGAGGUCUAUGUCCCUUGACUUCAGCUGUUAUUGUCUUAUUGCCAAAGGAAUGUGCUUUGCUUAAAACUCAAGAAAUGAAAAAAGCAUUCAGAUGUUCAGGGUAGCUUCCAAAGAAUUGGCCAAGCAGAACUGUAGUAAACAACUUCAUAGGGAGAAGUUUGCACUAUAUUUUUGUCUGGCACGAUACCUACUGUGUAUGCAAAAUGUAGACAUUCUUUCAGGUUCCUGCAUUAAGUUGGCAACACAAUGCUCUCCAA